UCAAUUGACCACAUUCACAUUUCUAUUUUUUUUUUCUUCUUCUUCUUUGUCUUUUAAACAUGUUUGUAUUAAUUUUGAUUUAUUUUCUAAUUCCUGUCAUUGCUGGUCAACAACAAAUAGUAUUACAGUCCUUACAUAGACCUUUUACAAUGGAAUGGAUACAAUUGUUAGAAUACUUGCAUAAUACUUUUGGUAACCAUUCUAAAGAUGACUCGAUAUGUUUAUUUCCUAUACCAGCAUUUGAGUGUAAACCCUUUAUUUGGAAUGACGGCAUUAUUAAAAGGGAUGCAUACCAUUUAAGACCUAAUGACAUAAAAUCAGUUGUAGCUAUUGGAGAUAGUAUAAGUGCGGGAUUUGGAAUGAUAUCAGGUUACAUAUAUGAAGAGUGUCUGAUUAUUAUUAUUCUACUACAGCUUACAUGAUUAUAUGAUAGGAAGACCCCCAUUUUCAUCAACUAUAUUAGAAUAUCGGGGAAAAGUAUUUUCAAUUGGUGGAGAUAGUGAAGAAUAUACUAUACCUAAUUUUUUGUCCAAAUAUAACCAAGAAAUUAAAGGGUCGCCUAUAGGAUAUACAAUACCUCUUUCAAGAGGAAAAAAGUUAAAUAAUGCGAUUAGUGGUGCUAAAAGUCAAGAAAUAAAUCAACAAGUAACUCGUUUGG